AUCUCUAUUGGAAGAAUCAUUCAACGUUGUAGGAUAUCCUUCAUUAAAGUCAAUAAACACUCCCGGGCAAGUGCUAGUUUAAAUAGUAAUGUGAUAGUGACUGUUCCCAAGACCAAAAAUAUAUAUUUGUUAAUCAAUUAGCUUUUUCUUGACUUUAAAAAGCAUGUUAAUCCUUCAAUAUACAAGGAUAUUGUAGACAUUUUACUACUAUACUUCUAAAACAGAUUUUGAUAGUGUUCAUACUUCAGUGCAAGUGUUAGUCGUGAAGUGCUGACAAAAGGUUAGUGUGAUUAUAAAACUUUUUGUUGAAGCCUUUUCCUGGAUUCAGUAUGAAGACCUGUACGUUCGUUAGAGAAACAUUGAUUGCAUAAUAGAUAACUUCACCUGAGUAUUGAAUCAAGCUGGAAGCUUAUGUCAUGAGCUGACUUCGAAAAAAAUAAUCCAAAAAUGACGCAGCGGAAAGAAGAAAGUCAGGAAUAUGACGAAAACACACUUAAAUUAAAUCGUCAUGAAGACAUCGAACUUCCAACUCUCACAAAUAUCCCUAACCUUAUAAACCAAAUAUCGUACUCCAAACAAACUACUCCUCAAUGUCCAGAGCGAGGAACAUGGAGUAGUAAAUUAGAUUUUAUACUGUCAGUAGUAGGUUUAGCUAUAGGUCUAGGUAACGUAUGGAGAUUCCCUUAUUUAUGUUACAAAAAUGGAGGCGGUGCAUUUUUGGUACCAUACUUUAUUACCUUAAUCCUUGCCGGUAUUCCCAUGUUUUUUAUGGAAUUGGCACUUGGACAGAUGUUAACGAUAGGAGGUUUAGGAGUCUUUAAAAUUGCACCAAUAUUCAAAGGUAUAGGAUAUGCAGCUGCUGUGAUGUCAUGUUGGAUGAAUAUUUAUUACAUUGUAAUUUUAGCAUGGGCAAUAUUCUAUUUUUUCAUGUCAUUACGAGCAGAUGUUCCAUGGAGAACGUGUAAUAAUUAUUGGAAUACGCGAUUUUGUAUUAAUCCUUAUGACCGGAAAGGACUCAGCUGCUGGGAAACAUAUAAUGCUAACAACACUUUAACGAAAGUAUGUCAAAUCAGCUCCUACAACAUAUCGGUUUCUGAGCUCACGGAUCCUGUAAAGGAGUUUUGGGAACGGAGAGUUCUUCAGAUAAGCGAAGGGAUAGAGCAUGUUGGUUCCAUUAGAUGGGAACUGGCUGGUACCCUGUUGUUGGUUUGGAUAUUGUGUUAUUUUUGCAUAUGGAAAGGUGUAAAAUGGACGGGCAAAGUUGUGUACUUUACGGCACUAUUUCCUUAUGUACUUCUUAGUAUAUUAUUAAUACGAGGAAUCACCUUGCCAGGAGCCAUGGAAGGAAUUCGGUUUUAUGUAAUGCCCAAUUUGUCUAAAUUAACUGAUUCGCAAGUGUGGAUUGACGCUGUCACUCAAAUUUUUUUCUCGUAUGGCUUAGGUUUAGGUACUUUGGUCGCCCUAGGCAGUUACAAUAAAUUUACUAAUAACGUUUACAAAGAUGCUUUAAUUGUAUGUACAGUAAAUUCCAGUACAAGUAUGUUUGCUGGAUUCGUUAUAUUUUCGGUAGUAGGCUUCAUGGCCCAUGAGCAACAGAGACCUGUAGCUGAUGUUGCUGCUUCAGGGCCGGGGCUUGCAUUUUUGGCAUACCCAAGUGCUGUUUUACAAUUGCCAGGAUCCCCCUUAUGGGCUUGUUUAUUUUUCUUUAUGAUUCUUUUAAUUGGUUUAGAUUCUCAAUUCUGUACGAUGGAAGGUUUCGUAACAGCUAUUGUUGAUGAGUGGCCUGGUUUACUGAGGAAAAGGAAGGAAAUAUUUAUAGCCAUAGUGUGCUUUCUGUCAUACAUAGUGGGCUUAUCAUGCAUUUCACAGGGAGGAAUGUACGUUUUCCAAAUAUUGGAUUCUUAUGCUGUAAGCGGAUUUUGUCUUCUGUUUUUAAUAUUUUUUGAAUGUAUAGCAAUUUCAUGGGCAUUUGGUGUCAACAAAUUUUAUGACGGAAUAAAAGAAAUGAUCGGAUAUUAUCCCAUAAGUUGGUGGAAAUUUUGUUGGACUAUUGCGACUCCCUUCAUUUGUGUGAGUGUUUUCGUAUUCAAUUUGGUACAGUGGGCUCCAGUGAAAUAUUUAAAUUAUGAAUUUCCCUUAUGGGCACAUUUAUUUGGCUGGGUAACAGCGUUAACAUCGAUGCUGUGCAUUCCUGGAUACAUGGUUUACAUUUGGAUGAUAACUCCUGGAGAUACACAAGAUAAAAUACGGCUGUUGGUUAGAAUUGACGACGAUGUCCAGGCAGUCCGAGCUAAAAUGCAUCACAAUACAAGCCAUAGUGUAUAAGAGACUACAAUUUUCAUUAGAAACUAUUUAACUUAUAGGGGUGUCAAAACAUUUGUAAAUUGUGUUCUUGAUUCUUACAUUUUCAAUAUACUUCUAGUUGUUUGUAUAUAGUGUAUAGUGAAAGGCAAACGGUAAAAAAUGUAUAUAACAUCAAUAUUAAAAAAUGUAUUUUAAUUAUAAGUUUGCAAAAGUAUUGUAGAAUAUAUCAUUUAUUAAGAUCUCGGAUAUAUUAUGAAAUAUUGACAGAGAACAUUGUGACGUUGACUUGAUUUCCAAUUCCAUAGUAUAUAUUUGUUUGUUGUAGUAAUCAUUGAAUACAAGCAAUGAUUCAUGCAAACAGAUAUUUACCGACAUAUUUUUUAAUGCUUUUUCGCAAGAAAAAAAGAGUUUUUACUACACAUUUUCAAUAAAUGAAUGAAUUGUUGAUGCUAACGAAAAAAUUUACCUGAAGUUAUUGCUUCAUUAAAAGUAUCUACAUAUUUUCUUCCACAUUGAUUUUUUAAGAAAAAUAUUCAUUUCAAAAACAAAAGAAAAACGUUCCCAUUAGUGAUAUUAAAGUUUGUUGUUAACUUCCUAAUAUUUUAAAUAUUGUUUAUUUCUUUUUUUUACUCCACUUUUCAUUGUUUGGUUAUUUUUUGGUAAAAUGGCCGAGAGAUAAGUACACUUUCGGCAUUUAUUGAAUUUCCAUUAGAACUAUGUUAUUUGUAAUAAUAUUUGGUCUAAAUUACUGCCCAAAAAACGCCACAAAUAACGUUAACCACUCAUCAGUUGAUAAAGAUAAUCUUCAAAGAUAUUCUAAACUAAACUAAAGGUCAAUCUAUAAUUUUAUUAUGCUUGAUUUUUUCAAAUUUUGAAAGUUUUUUCUGAUUACAAAUUCUGAACAAAUGCCGGGUUGAAAUAGGAUAUCUCAGAAACCGUUAUAUAUUGAAUUCCACAUUAAAAAGACUAAUAAAUUUGAAAGAACCGUUUUAAGUUGGAAAAAAUUAAUAGAAUUGCGUCCAGAACAAUCGGAAGAUUGAUCAAAUCUAAAAAAUAGAAGUUACUAAGAAUAUAAGUGAAAAUUCCAUCUGUAUAGAAUGCAUUAUACCUACUUUUCUUUAAUAAAAAUAAUAAACAUCUCAUUAAAAUCAGACUUCGAAAUUCACUUAAUGCAAGCAAUUGAAAUUUUAUUUACUAUAAUCUCAAAUAUGUAGAUAAUGAAGAUAUAACUGUGGAAUAUUUUCUAUUUUCUGUAGCUUAUUGUUUAUUUUACAACAUAGAAAAUUUUAGCAGCUUUUUUACGUUAAUCACAUUAACUAGUCAAUGCACAAAUAAUGUCAUGAAGUGAAUAAUUUUGUUAAAUAAAUGUGAAAAAAAUGA